CCGUCAGAUGCCGCCACGUUGAGUAUGAAAAAUGUCCGACCACGAGAAAGAGGAGGCUCAUAAUCUCCAAAUGGAAUUUGAGUGGGUUCUUCACGACGAGGUGCAUUCAUCAUUGUCACAGCUACGGGGCAUCUUAAUGGAAUGCGCGCAGCGAUUUCCUCUUGCUCUUUUUGGAAACGAUCAACAGUGCAAAACGGAUAGAUUCGUAUUUGCAGCUCCUCACGACCAUGUCAAGUGCGUUGUUGUACUGACGGGGGACAGCAUCACACAUGCUGAAGUUAAUUUCAAGGUACAACGUCAGCAAAAUGUUUCAAUGCGCACGAGUAUACAGAACGAUCAUCCAUGGAAAUUGCAACAGAUUCAGGAUGCGGCGAAUCAUUUGCAACAGGCGAUAGCACACAUAGAUAACGUGGAUCGUAAUUAUGCGUUCAAGACGUCGGACGAGGUGAUGCACAUACUGGGUAAUAUAUUGGGCUGCCUUCAACGGAGUCGUACGAGUUUGAUAGUACCGAAGAAAAAGACGAUCGAUGAUUUGAUGAAGAGUCGAAAUAUGAAAUCGCUCAAUCCAAAUUUACCCGAAAAUUUGGCCAUCAGCUUUUACAUACAAAGCUAUAAACUAGUCUUGGCGGUUUACCAAUUGGAAAAUGCACAUGGAAGUGUCAAGUACGAGUCACAGCAGGCCGAGUGCAGUGUUCCAUGGUUGAACGAUGCUCUCGUGCUUCUGACAAUCGCCCUGCAACUCUGUCAGAGGUUAAAGGACAAGAUCUGUGUAUUCUCGCAGUACAAAGACUUCACGGUCGGUUCGCGAGUUCCAUCCGCAAUGGAUUUAUAAAGGGACUAUACGGAUGAUCGUUCGGUCGUGAAGAAAUUAAAAACGGGAUAAUAUGAAGAAAAAAAAAUUGCUUCCACUUAGUCAAUCUCUUAGAGCACACCGUAAUUCGCACGGGUGUGUCACCGUAUGUGAUAAUUGUUGUUGUGUAUUCACGACUAACGAUGGGAGAGUGAUAACACCUCCUCGCUACGCGUUCAAUUUGUCCGAUCUUUCUCUCUUUUUCGUCAUUGAGUCAGUGAGUAAAGUAUAUUAGGUAGGAGAAAGGUAAUUUGAACAUUUUGGUCAUACUGAGUUCUUAUGGAAGAAUGAAAGAAGAAGAAAAGACCGGUCGAAUCAUCGAUCAAGCUCGGAUGUUUAGCCAUCGAUAAAAUGAAAAAUCUGGGCUUCUCAAUGAACGUAAAACAGAGAGAUUCGGAGUCGGAAGCUCCACACUUUUUGACUUAUUUUUUUUCUUCGAUCGAAAGCUCGUAUGUGUCCAAUGAUUUUGUCCGUAUCUGAAAGAAAUAAUAGUUAUUAUUGAUAAUAGGUCGUAGAAGUUUAUGUAAAAUGUGUGGAGUGUGGAGUAGACGAAAAUUUGUCUGUUGCUGUAUUUUAUCUUCUUUUUUCGUUGGCCUCCCGAUGAGGAUCACAAAGAUCGUCUUUUUUCGCUAUUUUAAUCUUCGAUUUUUCGGUUACUUUUAGCGGGAAUAUUUUUUCGCUUGAUGCGAACAGCGAGAUGCCCGUUUACGUAUGAACCAAAAUACGAAAUAAAAACCGAUACGAAAUAAAACCGUUGUAGCUAUUCUGAGAAAUGUGGAGAAAUUGAAGAAAAAACUAAGACGAAAAAUGCUACUAUGCUCCCGAAUACCUAGACAACAACGAGUCUGUGGAAAAAUACGAAAGAAAUACCAAAAACCAAAAAGAAAAGAGGAGAACCCGACAAUAAUAAUUCUCGCGUGGUCCGUGUACAUAGGUGUGUAUGUACUAAUAUUGAACCCAUUAAUAUCCGUGUUGCGUUGAAAUGUCACGGGAUCUGCGCACAUUCGAAUAUCCGUUCCAAUAUCGAAAAUGAGUCGAUAAAUUUUGUUGAAUAAAUAGCAAAAGGGUAAAGUAAACGCAAUUCAGUUAGUUUUAAACGAAAGUAAAAAUUCAAUUGGAAUAAUAAGCGAACGAAUGAGCGAAGCAAACUUUAAUUUUAUUGAAAAUCUGUAGUUAGUCAAAUAGGAUGAUAUAAUUGAGGAAACUAAAAGUAUUCGAACUUGGCAGUUCUGAUGAAAAACCAAAAAACCAAACGAGGUGACCACGAAUCAUGAAUGCAUUUUGUCACAUUCUCGUUCGUUUUUAUUAAUUGUGUAUGUAUACUAUUAAAUAUUCGUCAUUGUUGUUAUAUCGCCGGUAAUUAUUCGCCAAUUCUAGCGUCUUAUAUUUUAUGUUUUUUCUCGCGUUGUUAGGCUAAUUCUGAGGUGCGAAUCAAGUAUUGGAAUUAAUAAACGAUAGAAUUCGGGAGUUAUUUGAGGACACGCCGGUGCAAGGGUGUUAGCGGGGGAGGGGCUCUGAUACUACAUUUUAAAUGGAGUAGAGCAAGACUAAAUUCGGAGGUCGAAUCGAGACUUUGAACGGUUAAACCGUCGCGGUUAUCGGUCAUUUUUUUUGAAACCUCUUCGAUCGAUAUACUAUUUUAUAAUUAGUUAAAAAAUUCUAUGGCUAUCAUCGUACGCGAAUAAUUUAGUUCAGUAAUUUACUCAAGUCCCACUGGUUCGUUCGAUCGUUGAAAGGAAGAAACGUGCGUGUUUUCGCGCGACGGAUCGAAUCGUUCAAAGUCUCGCGAGUUGGACUGCGGUGCUUUCGUCAUUUGCGUUCGUAAAUUGGCGA